AUGGCGUCAUCGAAGAAAGACAAGAACUACGCGAAUAGUCGUGCUCGACGACACUCGGGCACAGUGGUCGUCACCCAUGGAAAGAAAUCGAAAAAAAACAAAGAUACUGAUUCAGAGUCCUUGUCUUCAUCUUCCACCGAUGCAACUAUAGCCGAGACGAAGAAAUGCCCUCUUCGAUUUAUGAUGGCGGGCAUGUUAGAGUCGAACAUUGAGGGAGAAAGAAAGGGUCUGGGUUGUCCUCUCAGACGCGUACAACUCUGGCAUACCAUACCUCUUUGUCUGCUCGCAAUCAUCAACCUUUUGCUUGUCAUAAUAGCGCUUCUGGGAUUGGCAGGUUAUCGAAUCGCUGUCUACACGCAACUCUUUCUACUUCGCGCCUUUGAUGUCAAACUUGGCGACGCAUUAGACAACGAGAAUGUUGCGAUUUCGGAUGAAAGAUCGUUCUCGAGCGGACACAGUGGCUGA